GAAGCGGGGCGUGACAGAAAUAAAAUGGCUGAAACUACAGCGCUAAUCGACAAUGUCAAGUGAUAGAGUGACAUACCACUCGAAUACCGUCAAAUGUAUUAAUAAUUUCUUAUAAAUUCAAAAUUUUAAUCGCUUUAAUUUAGAAAUUCGUCAUAUGUAAACAUGUUAAACGACGUGCCAAAAAAAUUAUUGCGAAGCUCCGAAACAACUGAGGCUGAUGUGCGCGAAGAUGAGGAACAAACGAAAAGGUUUCAAGACAUUAUUGACCUGCUGUGGGCAGCAGGGUAUUUUCGUGCUCGAAUAAGAGGGUUAUCGAAUUUUGAUAAGGUAAUCGGUGGGAUGACUUGGUGCAUAGAAUCCUGUAAUUUCGACGUAGAUAUUGAUUUAUUGUUUCGUGAAAAUCUUACGAUAGGUCAAAAAAUAUCCCUGACUGAAAAAAUAGUCGCCAUGUUACCUAAAAUGAAUUGUCCAUACCGGAUAGAACCGCAUCAGAUUCAAGGCUUAGAUUGCAUCCAUAUCUUUCCUAUUAUUCAGUGGCUGGUGAAACGCUCGAUGGAAACGCGAGAAGAAACAGCCGAUUUUGUACGAUCGUUUGCUCUAAAUCAAUUUCAUAAAAAGCAUUCGUUUGUCGAAGACGCAGGUACAGCAAAAGCGGUUAAAGAGAAUCUCAUAAAAAAUAUUCAGUUGGUUAAAAAAUCAUAUGAACCUCGGCGCCUUUUUAAACAUAAAGGCGGUUCUACCAGAGAUGAAUCUACUAGAUUUCUUGGAACGGUUUUAGAAUAUGAAGCACCUUUAUAUUCUAUAAACAUUACUGCAGCAUCAACCGAAACUGCAUCGGCUGAGGAUGCUAAAGAAGAUGGUAAUAAAGAAGAACUAAAAGAAAAGGAAAAUACUGAACAAGUAGCUGGAAAUCUGACUGCCAUAGAAGAAAGUUCGGCUCGCUUAAAUGUAACGGCAGUUGGAAAUAUCGUUGGUAUUCAAGCGCAAGAGAUUGCCAGGGCAGUCGAAAAGUAUGCAACCAUGUCGAUUUCUGAAACAGAGGAAAAUAAAAGCUCUAGUUCAGCACUAAUCGCACUAGAGAAACAAAAGGCAGCGCUGCAAAACAGGAUACGGAAGUUGACAAAAGAGAAAGAAGGUUUAGCCGCUAAACUCGCAGAAUCGACUGAGAAAUUGAACGAAUCUCGCGCAAAGCGACAGGCUAUCGAGUCUUCGUUAAAGAAGGCACAGGAAAUGGGAAUCAACGAAAACGACAGCAUUUACAAACGUUUGAAAGAGCUUCUGUUAGUACACGACGGUUUGAAGGAGCAGGAACACAGUUUUCGAGAACAAUGCAAGUCCCACUUAAAUCUUCUGCGGGGUAAACUACAAGAAAUUGAAAGCGGAACCUCAGAAGAGGAAGAGGAUCGUUUAAUAGAAUACGAAAAACAGAAAGAGGCUGUUACAAAAGCCAGAUUACAACUGGCCAAGAAAAAUAGGGCGAUUGCUUCUUUAACCAGACAGUUGGACGAUGUUCCAGGACGUUCUGAACUUACGCAAUAUCAAAGACGAUUUAUGGAGCUGUAUAAUCAAGUUUCGGCAAAACACAAAGAAACGAAACAAUAUUAUACACUAUACAAUACCCUCGACGACACGAAACUUUAUAUAAGUAAGGAAUUAUCGUUAUUAAACUCCAUACAAGAUAAUUAUAACGAAGCAAUGGCAUCGACGAGUGGCAAGGAACAAUUUCUCAAACAGUUCGAAGCGAUCGUUGCUGGCGUGAAGCGCAACAAAGCAAAGGUAGAGAAACGAUGCGCGGACGAGAAGAAUAGAAGAGAUGCUCUUAGUCGCCAACUGGUCACACUGAUAGAACAACAACGGAAAUACGUUGCUGCGGUCAGGCAACUCACUAUUGAAUGUCGCAAAAAUGAGGCCUUGCUCGCACAACUACGUGGAAUGGAUGCAUCAUCUGAGCGGAACAAUAGCGCUUAAGAGCAAGACUACGAGGAACAAACGAGCUAGCGAUACGUAUGCUCGAGGAUAACGUGAUUUUAUGAAAUUCAGGAAUGUGAAACGGAAACUGCUACUUUAUUUGUUGUAAUAUUUAUAACAGAAUAUCACGCAAAUUCACUUUUAUUUAUCUCUUGCAUUUUUCAUAUAUAAAAUGAGCCUAAUUAUAGGAGGCGGAGAAAAUAUUAUCCGUGGAGAUCCCACUUGAAAAAGAUUGUUAAGGAUAUAUUAUGACUCUUUUAUUCACACCCUGCAUGUACUUCAAUCUUUCUGUGAACUAUGAACAUUCUUUUGAACGUUCAUUGAAUUCUGUGAACAUGCAUUUUUUUCAAAUAUUUGCAUAACUGGAACCAGUCGACUUCGACUAUAAAGGAAGUAGCAUGUCUUUAAGAGAACCUAGGAAAAACUAAUGCCUAGGAAAAAACCUAGGAAAAAAGUAGUGAUAAACGUGAAACUGUCACAUGGCGAUAUAAUGCAAGGCUAUAUAACGAAUCUAUUGUGGCCAUUAUCAGGAUACGUCGAUCAGUGAUUUUUUUGUCGUUAGUGUUCCUUAGAAUGUAGCGGGUGUUUAGCGCGACGAUUUGUAACGAAACGUAUUAUGACGAUUGAAUCGUGUGAAAA